GUACUGUUCUGAGCUGCCAGAGAGUAUAUUGAAUCAGCCCCUUGCAAAAGAAGCUAAACACAGGCCUGUAGGCUUGUGGAGGAAUGCCCUGUGCAGAGGCCCUCUUCCUCCCUCCCACUGCCAACCCUCCACACCAGAUCAGUGGUCAGUGGUCAACAUCACAGGGACACCUUCUGUCUCCACAUCUCCAGGGAUCCAGCUCUGUGUCCAUCAGCUAAAUUCCAUGUGAACAGCUUUAAGGCAAGCAACAUGUCCAGGUCCGAUGAGGUGAACCGACUGACAGAGAAUGUAUACAGAGUUAUAUUAGACCAGUUCAACCCAAGUCUUAAGAACUUUGUGACAAUGGGGAAACAUUAUGAGAAAGCACUUUCAGGAGUCACUGUAGCAGCAAAAGGUUAUUUUGAUGCCCUGGUGAAACUUGGGGAACUUGCCAGCAUUAGCCAAGGGUCUAAAGAGCUGGGUGACACUUUGUUUCAAAUGGCUGAAGUCCAUCGACAAAUCCAAGUCCAGCUCGAGGAAGUUCUUAAACUUUUCCACUCCGAACUCUUGGCUCAACUGGAACACAAGCUGGAGUUAGACAUUAAGUAUCUAACCGCGACACUGAAAAAAUAUCAAGUUGAGCAUCGUUCCAAGUCAGAGUCUAUUGAGAAAUGUCAGUCUGAGCUGAAGAAGCUGAGGAAAAAGUCUCAAAAUAGCAAAAACCCCCAGAAGUAUGGAGACAGAGAGGUGCAGUACGUUGAGAUCAUGAGCACCAAGCAGUGCGAUUUGGACCAGUUUGUGGCAGAAGGAUAUAAAGCGGCUCUUACAGAAGAACGGAGAAGGUAUUCUUUCCUGGUGGACCGUCAGUGUGCUGUAUCCAAACACUUUAGUACCUACCACAGCAAGGUGAAGGAAUUGUUAAGUGCCAAGCUCCUGACAUGGCAGCAGUCAUGUACUCAGCCCACAAAACUUCCAGAACGUGCCCUAAUGCUUGUGAAACAAACAGCUAAUGCUUCUACUGAGCCGGUCAUCUCAGAUCCAGUGCCAAGUACCAAACCACUAGAUGUUCCUCCUGAACUUGCACCUCUUCUCGGGGGAGGACUGUCUAUGAAUCAUCGGAUGUCUGUACAAGAGGUUCUUCCCAUACCCAAUGGAGAGAGUCAUCGAACAAAAGGACCACGUGACUCGGGAAACUCUAUUUAUUUAGAUCCGAUAACAGCAAAUCAAAUGGUUCCACCACAUCCAGCAACACCAACUUCAGUUACACCUCCAACCCCUAAAGCCAAUGAACUGUAUUCAUGUACUUUACCGAUACCACGCAAGCCAGCCUCUGAGAACAGAUUGGCAACAUUAGUGGAAAAUAAAACCCUACCUCGGAUCAGUCCUCUGUCUGUUUUGCCACCUCGAGUGGAACGACGCAGAGUCCAGGCUGUCUUUUCUCAUACGUCAGGAGAGAACAGCACUUUACUCAACUUCCAGGAGGGUGACAUUAUCCUUUUGCUGGUACCAGAGGCCAAAGAUGGUUGGCAUUAUGGAGAAAAUGAAUCCACCAAAAUGAAAGGAUGGUUCCCAUUCUCCUACACUCGUCCUCUUCCACCGGCAGAACAUGCAGAUAAACAUGGCUCAAGUUUUCCACUUAGUAAAUUAAACAGUAGCAGCACUGGAAACCUGGAUAAAGUUGGUAUUUCUAUCCCUGAAUCUGAAAGUGUCCGGAUAGAAGCAAUUAGAUAUACACCCUCACCUCGCACAAGCACCUUCCGACAGCGCCCAUAUAGCAUGAUUAGUCCUGACCUGGUGCAAUUAGCAAAUGAAUUUGGAAGCCCAGCAUCAUCUCCUUCGAGGUCCAACCCCUUUGCUCAUGUUAAACUGAAGCGAACAAUUACUAAUGAUCGUUCAGCACCUGUCAUUCAGUGACCUUGUGAUGUCCUUCAAGAAGAUGCUGCUUCAAGAAAUGUCUACAGAAGACAACUAUUUCUUCAUAUCUCUUCCUUAGACUGAAAAGGCCUAAUGUAAAAAAACAAACUGUGAUAUGUGGUCUUUUCUAAAACCAGCAAACAAUAUAACUAACUCUGGAAAUAUUCUGUUUACAGUUGUCAUUAGAAAUGUCUCUGCAUUGUAUUUGUUGACUAUAUUGUGGGAUGCAUGGCGGCAUGUAUUUCUGUGAAUAGACACAAUCAGCUGAAAGUACUCACGACCUCAGCGGUGUUAUAUAAAAGGUGACCUUCUCUGCUCUUGUACAGAGAGUGAAUUAGCCAUGCACAUUCCUGAGAUCACUUCUCGAUAAAAUAUAACAAUGUGGCUUAAACAUGAUAAAGGUUAUAUAUAAAAGAAUGCUUAAACACGUGAGUAUGGGCACUUGGGUAAGUUGACAUUCUGAAGGCAUACGAUAGCUACAAUACAAUGCUCAACAAAAUACAGUCAUAAAAAGAAGUAAUAGACUGCAGAAUUCGUGAUCACUAUGGAGUAGAAGAUGGACCGGUCACUUUCUCUCUGGCUUCGCUCUUUUUGCCUUCAGCCACACUAUGGGCUCCAAUACUAUCUGUAAAAGUAAAAAUUCCAAUUAUACAAACAUCUGUAACCAAUACAAUUAUUUUAUUUGCGUUUAGCUUGAGAUACUUGAGUGGGACAAUAAUAUUCUUCUUUUGACAUGCGUUACUUGUGCCUAACUUAAGAUAACAGAAAAAAUAUAUAUAUGAGAAAAGUGAAGUUGAAGUCCGUGGAAUGUAAAGGAAAGUUGAAGAAAGAAUGAGAAAGAAUAUACAGCCAUUAUAUAAAGGCUAUGGAGAAAGUGCAAUGAAGGUGAAAUAGUUAACAGGGCUGGAUUCAUAAACACAUAUGAAAAAAGUGUCAAAUUGGAAGUGGUAUUUCUGCCAUUAAAUGGGCAUACAUAGGAGAGAUAUACCUGGGUGUAAAACUCUUUGCAAGGCAAGAAUGGAUAAUGUGGGUCUCUCUGUAAAUAUAAGCUAAAGCUGGUCUUCAUGGUCAACACUAACGCUGUAUGCUGGAGCGUGCCAUAGACUUGGCGAUGAAAAUCACAUGGUCGAUACCAACAAUGCAUACUAAAGCAUGGCAGGAGUUAUGGCAUAGGCUUGGAGACAAGAACCACAUUUAAAGAACAAUAUACUACACAGUGGGUCUAUUGAUAUUCCAUCAUAUGUUUGCUUUUGGAUAUAAUCCUAAUAUCUAUAUACAACACAAUAUUGUCAGACCUAUGAAUGAUGUUUGAUGUUAACUACAUAGAAUUAUAUAUCAUCCCGCCCUAUUUAAUAAAUUGAAAUGUAUUUGAAGGCAUAUUGAAUGUGUCAGGAAGAUGGUAAAUGUUAUGUGUUCAUGGUUUCUCUAUAUGAUGGGACAGUUUAUUAACUUCCUUGAUGAGAGAACGUAAUGCUGUGUGUACUUUCAUUGGAUGAGACCAAUAAAGGAAGCCAACGACAGGUAGACAUCCUGUAGAUAUUGAAACGGGUUUUCCCAACUGGCAAAGCGAACUCCGAUAUGCAGGAUAGGGCAUAACUAUUUGAUCAUGAUGCAAAGAAAAAGCUAAAAAAAAGAAAAGGGCACUCUCUGGAGUGCUGUUUAGGAAAAAGCAAAUGAAACCCACCGUCUAGUGUUGGGUGUCACACCUGAGCCGCUGGAGUGAUCCCACGGAACAAACGAGACCCCGUGACGGUAGCGCGGUGGGUAGGAUAUGUGCAGUAUGCGGCUCACUUUCCCUAUUUCUGUAUCCACAGGGGUACGGAAAAAUAGAAGUGCAGUGAAUGGGGAAAAGGAGGGAAUUGGGUGGAUUGCUUCUGCUGGAAAUUACAGGACUUGGAACGCCACGAUAGCAUAGGACUAUGUUUAUUAAAAGAUUUCGGACAACACGUUUCGGCGCAGGCACGCGCCUUCCUCAGGUCCACAAAACAAUCAAGACGCAACAACUUGAUAAAUUCCCUUUCUUGAGAUCACAGGGGAGCCCCAGCAUUUGGAUGCCCUUGAUCAGAUUGUUAUCCUCUAUCCUGUGGAUAGAGCCGAGGAAUGUGCUCUCUAUCACCCAAGUGCAAGAAAAAAGUGCAAACAUGUUAUGGGAUAACUUUGUCAGUUGGGCAAACCCCUCUUAAGGGGUAACCAAGUUGAGAAAAGCCGUUUUCAAAAAUCAUAUUAGGUGUUUACCCCCAUAUAUUGCUUUGAAGGACCCAACGUGUCCAAACAUUACACAGACAGUUCAUUGAUUGUAACAGGAACAUUGUAAUGCUUCAUUCCCCUGUAUUGGCACUGUAGAUAAUUUGAAUAGUUAGUGUCAUAUUCCUUCUCUGAAUACAGCUGAUCAUAGCCAAACUCACUGCAAGGACAACCUGUACAGCGGAUUGUUAGGAACCAAUCUAUAAAAAAAAGAUAUUGUCCAAAGCAGACAACACAUUUAACAAUUUCACCAUCAGAGUACGGCAGGACAUAUUAGUACUAAUAAUGAAAAGAAGGAAAGACCAUAAAGUUUUCUAUCUUUUCUGAAUUAAAGGUUUACUCCGGCGCUUAGACAUCUUAUCCCCUAUCCAAAGGAUAGGGGAUAAGAUGCCUGAUCACGGGGGUCCCACCGCUGGGGACCCCCGUGAUCUUGCAUGCCGCACCCCAUUAAAAUCAGUCCCCGGAGCAUGUUCGCCCCGGGUCUGAUUACUGUCGAUCACGGGGCCGGAGGAUUGGGAAGUCACAUGGGGGCGGAGCCAUGACGUCACAAUGCUCCGGCCCCGUGAAUGACAGUAAUCAGACCCCGAGCGAACAUGCUCCGGGGACUGAUUUUAAAGGGGUGUGGCAUGCAAGAUCACGGGGAUCCCCAGCGGUGGGCCCCCCCGCGAUCAGGCAUCUUAUCCCCUAUCCUUUGGAUAGGGGAUAAGAUGUCUUAGCGCCAGAGUACCCCUUUAAGAAAGAAGAGCAGGUAGGCUUCUCUUAUGUCAAUGACCUGUUUCACCAAAAAGAUAUUUACUAGGCAUAAUUUAAAUUUAAUCUGGGCCUUAUGUAAAUGGUCCAACAUUUGUAGAAAAAUAUUUCUUUUUAUUUAAUGUAUUUUUACAUACAUAACUUGUGAAAUGUCUAUAUGUACUGAAACCCUGAGCUUAAUGGAAAAUCCCUGCUAUAUACUUAUGAGACUCCAUUGUGUUGUGUGCUAUGUGUUUCCUUAGUUCUCCUCUAAGUAAACUUAUGUAAAUAAAAUAUAUUGUCCUUUCUGAAUCCAAGACCGAGCAAAGUAUUUUAAGUUACAGUCUAUGAAAUACAGUAAAACCUCUUUUAGUAGACCACACUAAAUUGAAUUAAAAAGUGGUUUUCUAUGAGGGUGAUCUUCAAAUAGAAGAUAGCAUCUAUGCAACAUGUACAGUGAUCCCUCAACUUACAAUGGCCUCAACAUACAAUAGUUUCAACAUACAAUGGUCUUUUCUGGACCAUUGUAACUUGAAACCAGACUCAACAUACAAUGCUAUGGACAGUCCAGAUCUGCGAAACGAGUCACUGGCUGGAAGAACCGACCAAUCAGGAUGGGCAUAUCACUGGUAAAAUACCUGUAUUACUGAAGUGCAUGCACUGAAUUCCUGUCUGGUAGCGCCCCCUACAGUAAAGGGAGGUACUACAUGUUCUGUACUACUUUUACCUUUGCCAUGGGUUAGCUGCUCCUUUGGACACCAAGUAAGGGCAGCUCCAUGUUACUUUAUUAGAACAGGACCCUGAAGAAGCUCCUGUCCUCUACAUAGACCACUGUUUCCCAACGAGGGUGCCUCCAGCUGUUGCAAAACUACAACUCCCAGCAUGCCCAGACAGCCAAAGGCUGUCCGGGCAUGCUGGGAGUUGUAGUUUUGCAAUAGCUGGAGGCAACCUGGUUGUGAAACACUGAAAUAGACAGUGAUUACAGUUCCCGGCAGAUCUUUAUUACUUUUAUAUGUAAGGACUUGCUUUAUCUCUGUUAGUUAUCUACUUAUUUAUCUUUAAUCCUCACUUUUUCCUAUUUUUAGAUGACAUUUUGGUGGCUUCAGAACCAAUUAGCAGGUUUCCAUAUAGUUAUGGUCUCAACAUACAAUGGUUUCAACAUACAAUGGUCGUCCUGGAACCAAUUAAUAUUGUAACUUGAGGGACUACUGUAUGAUGGACUGAAUGUCCAUCACACGAAAUAUUGUCUGGAUAAGAGGUGGUCUUCUCAAAGAGAUGGUCUUCUGGAGAGGUUUCACAGUAUUUUUGAAGUAUUUUUUAAUUUUACAUGUUAUGGGAGGACUAAAUUAUAUCAGUAGGAUCUCUAAUGGACAAUGUAUAAAUGAUAAAAUCUGUGAAUGACAAGAAAUCAAAUUUUUAUGGUGGGAAUGCUUGUAGGCUGUGGAUUAUGCCUGUUUAUUUGAUAUUUUAGCCAGUGUGGAUCUUAUUGUACAUAUUGCUACACGUAGUAUGUGGCUCAAUGUCAAUAAAUGACCUUUCCUAUAAUGAGAACACCAUAGCCAUUGCUCAUACAGGUUUUCAUAGAGAUAAUAAAUCAUUUAUACAUUGUG